CACACACACAGUCUGACUAAGAGACUGCUGACACACACACUGCAGAACCCUCCCACCCAGCUGCAAAAAGAGAGAGCAGAGCAGCGAACACACACACACAUGCAGCCAGACCAGCCGAGCAGGCAAAUGAGGGAUGGACGCACUUCCAUUCGCGCUCCGGAAUAACGGAUUAGCAAGUGACAUCGCAGAACAUACGGUGAUUAUUAAACUAUUACAAAUCCAUUAAAACAGGCAGUAUUACACACCACUCUCUUUAGUAGGAAGCGGAGGAAUCACUUCCUGAAUUUCACCAUCCAGCAGUUUGGAAACUAUAAACGAACAAUGCAUUCCUCCGCCGACAACUAACUUCAAAUGAAGACAUACCGAGGCAAUAACAGAAAAGAGUGACAGAGACUCUCUUUUAUCUCAUCUUUCUCUUCUCUCUCUUCUCACCUUUCAGGAGAACCUGAUAAGCCUCAGCGAUUCUCACCACGCGAUUAGCGCGUCCGUCAGUAGGGUCACCUUCGUAAUUAACACGGGCGUCUUGUGGACGUGCGUGUGAGUGAGCUAGAGACCGUUAUCCAUUUGGCGCGAGAGAGGAAGAAAGAGAGUCUGGAUAUAACCACUAUCCAACCCUCCAGACAGCAGCAGAAGCCGCAACCUGAGUCGGUUCUCCAGAGUAGCCGUCUAGCCGCACCCCCAGUCCCGCAGCCACAUGCAGGAUGCCCGGGGGGGAGUGCUGGUCCUGGGGUGUCCUCCUGGUCCUACUCAGCCCGAGUUCAUGACGCCCAGGGCUGCUUCAUCAUGCGUCUCCUACCCGCUCCAAGCGCUCAAUCUCUCCGGCUACUCUUUCUCUUUAUCUUCGUGAUGGGGGUGGCCCCUUCCCCAGCUCUUACAGCAGGCUGCCCUGACAGGUGUGUGUGUGACGACCAGCUGGUGGUCCAGUGUGCCGGGCAGGAGCUCACCCUCUUCCCCAACGACCUCCCUCUAGCUACCCGCCAACUCAUCAUCUCCAACAACCGCAUCGGAGAACUUCCAGCAUUGCAACUCAACUACCUGUCUGAUCUAGUCUACCUGGACGUCAGCAACAACACCCUGAUGGAGAUCUCCGAGUCCACCUUCGGGAAUCUCCGGAAGCUGGCCUACCUUGACCUGUCCUUCAAUACACUGACCCAGAUCGAGGACCGGACGUUUGGACCGUUGUCUAGCCUUGUGAUGCUACGGCUAACAGACAACCCGGGGCUAAGUGAGAUCCACCCGGACGCGUUCUCAGAGAACAUGGCUCUGCAGGUGCUGGAUGUGAGCAGGAACAACCUGACGACGCUGAACAUCAGCUCUCUGAUCGCCCUGCCCUCUCUGCGCUCCCUGGGGCUCAGUGGAAACCCCUGGAGGUGUGACUGCGAGACGGAAGACCUCUGCCUCUGGGUCCAAAUAGAAGGAUUCAAGUUCCAAGACGAGGGCCAGACAGUGUGCCAGGGGCCUCCAGAGCUGUCUGGGCAACGGCUGGCUGAAGUGGGCAUGCAGCUGAGGGCAGACUGCCACCAGGGCCUGGGCUACUGGGACUACCUGUUCUUCAUCGCUAUCGGCUUCGUCAUCUUCAGCGCCGGCACCGUGUCGGCAUGGGUGAUGGGUGUCCUCAUGGUGCUGUACGAGAGAUACAACAAGAGGAAGGGGGAGGACAUGGACAGUGAUGACGAGGAGGAGAGACAUAUGGGGGGAGGGAUGAUGGGGGGAGGGAAUCAGGGGAAUGGGGAUGUUAAUAAGCCUGGCAUGCAGGUGUGAUUGAGUUAUGAGGAGGAGGGGGAGAGGAAGAGGGGAUGGGACUCUGAACGCCGGAAGAGCAGAGGCAGAAGAGGAAGAAGAGAGGAUACAUUAGGAAGAGUGAUGGAAGGACACUGAAGAAAAGAAGAAGAAUGGAGUAAUUUGAAUAAAGGACACUGGGACCUUGGACUCUGUAGAAAGACAGUCCUGUUCUGACUGGGUGUCUCUGAGUGGGAGAAAACAGGACAGACAUUUUACCCCGUGUGUGUGUGUGUGUGUGUGUGUGUGUGUGUGUGUGUGUGUGUGUGUGUGUGUGUGUGUGCCCGUGUGAGAGAGAGCAAUAAGGGGAAAUAGACCUUCCACUUCAGGACUACAGAGUGACUUCUGAACUAUUAAGAGCAAUAAGCCCCCCACUGUUACAUCACACACUCAUCACAGAUGCUAAGAGCUGGUUUCUCUGGUAAAUCAAAAAGACCCUGGAAUCGUGAAUAAACCCGUACACACACAGUU